UCGGAGUACAGUGAAGAAGUCACGUACUACACGAGGUGGUACGAGAGCAGUAUAGGCGUACCCGGUAGCCUAUACGGUUUUUAUACGUUGGUCUUUUUAAAAUCUCCAACUUUCCCCAUUUGGAUAAAGAAUGCUCAACAGAACAAGACAUCAUUUGUAAAACCAGAGCGUAAAAUUUCGAGCGGUUUUACUUUGGAGAAUUUUUGUUCAGACCUUCAUAGCGACAUUGCUAAACAACACGCUAACAAAUACAGUUUUAUACAAACUUUCGAAUUAUUUUUUCACCUGUUGGCUAAACUGUAGCUAACUACCUCGAUAAAACAUCAGCGAAGCGGAAAAUGAACCACGGCUACACCAAAGCUGAAAUGGGCCCAGAAGUAACAGCAGCAGCGGGCUUUGUGUCCAGUUUGUUAAGAACAAGAGGCUUCCUCACUGAACAACAGCUGCAGAUUUUCAGCGACUGCCUCCAUCAAGCACUUUCAGAACACUACAAGGACCAUUGGUUCCCGGAAAAGCCACAGAAAGGCUCUGGCUACAGGUGUAUUCGCAUCAACCACGAAAUGGACCCCAUCAUAAGCAAAGUCGCCAGGCGAAUUGGUCUGAACAGCCAUCACCUGUACGAGCUUUUGCCGAGGGAGCUGACUAUGUGGGUGGAUCCAUACGAGGUGUCUUAUCGCAUCGGCGAAGAUGGUUCCAUAUGUGUCCUAUACGAGGCCGAAGCCCCCGCGUCCAGCAGUGUUUCCUCCGCGUGUAACAACUCCGCACUGCACUGCAAGAACCACUUUUUGAUGGGCCGCACCAGCCCUCCUAAAAACUACCUGAUGACAGUUUCGAGCUAAGUGUGUCCAGGGGACUGGGACACCAGACAGGCAAUGCGAGCUUCAGCAAGGGGGAACCUUGGGGCCAGUGAUCAUCUCCGUUGUAUUUUUUUGUUGUUUUCCCCCUUCUUACUGGCUAGCUAUUUGUCUCCCCCCCAUACUAUUUAUUACUUGCUUAAUAUGGCAGCUUUUGCUGUUUUCCCCUUUUAAAAAAAUACCUGAUAAGGACAAUUCCAGAAGCACUAUGUGUUCCCUUGUUAUGCAGGUAGUUUAGUGCCUUUGGGCUAUUGUCUUUGCACUGCCUAUCUUCACAGUGUGUGUGUACCCCUAUUGGGCCACAAAGUGAAGCUUAGUCUGUAACACACUGGUAUUUCUCACACAGUUUACUUCAUUUGGAGGGGUUUGUAUUUCAGAUAAGGUGCAAUAAUUGUGAUUCAGAAAUACAGCAUCGCUUCAGCGUAGGUACAGUGAUUGUCAAUGUCUCCCUCUAUACUGGAAACAAUGUGGCCUUUUUGACACUGACAAUUGAAUGGGUUGUAUCAUAAAAAAAGGGAAUGGAUGCACUACUUAAAAAUGGGACCAAGUGUUUUCCUCCUUAAAUGAAACCAAAAAGCUGUACCACUGCUUUUAAAACAUUUUUUUGCAUGUGUUCCCUUUCAAAUUCUAUAUUUAGUUAUAACAGCAAUAUGACCUCUGCCUUAAGUAAAAUAAUGGCAAUGUACCUUAUUGCCAAAUUGACUGAUGUUCAAAAAAAAGUUGUGCAAUUCAACCAGAGUAUUCAAACAGUCCCCACGGUUGUUUCAGGCGACACACCUUAAGUUGAGAUUUAUUGUAAACUUGUUUACUGCCUUUGAAAAGAUACCUUUUUUUGAUUGUGGAUGUGAAAUCUGUCAUUGAUUUCCCCAAAGGGGAAAGCGCCCUCAGAAUUUAGGCCCUAGUGGUGGGUUGGGGGGGGGGUGGGGGGUGGUGUUCCUGCUUAAGGAAGUGAUGUCAUUUGGGCUGUUGAGUUCCCUUUUCUAAAGUCCAUUGCCUCUUGGAGCAAGCUGUGAGGUUGUUGUGAAUUCCUUGCCACCAAACUGACAAGCUUUUAUCUCUGUGCUGGAGUGAGCUGUCUCUCAGCAUGUAGCAUUCUCAGUGAGCUGUUGAGCAGCUGAAAUUGUUUACCAAUUGUUUUUUUUUUUUUUGUGACAUGUAGAAUUUGUAAGCUAAUUUGAGAGCACAGUAUGAUUUUAAUGUACUUUUUUGUAUGGAUUUGUGUACAUAUAGAUACUUGUACGGUUUUGUACUUGACUUGAUGUAAUUUUUAAGAUAAUAAACUUUCAUGACUUUCGAAUUA